AUGACGACAUACACGUUGGUUCUACUAAGGCAUGGUGAAAGCACUUGGAACAAGGAGAACAAAUUCACGGGAUGGACGGAUGUACCCCUCAGUGAACAAGGAGAAAAGGAAGCCAUAUCCGCCGGAAACUACCUAAAGGAGAAGAAUUUCCGCUUCGACGUCGUGUACACGUCGGUGUUGAAGAGAGCCAUCACCACAACCUGGAAUGUGCUGAAGACAGGAGAACUGCUACACGUACCUGUUAUUAAAACAUGGAGACUAAAUGAAAGGCAUUAUGGAUCUCUACAAGGAUUGAACAAAUCUGAAACGGCAAAAAAAUACGGAGAGGAACAAGUGAAAAUUUGGAGAAGAUCCUAUGAUAUCCCUCCUCCCAAGUUGGAUAAAGAAGAUAGUAGAUGGCCAGGACAUAAUGUCGUUUACAAGAAUAUCCCAAAGGAUGUGCUACCCUUUACGGAGUGUUUGAAAGACACCGUCGAAAGAGUUUUACCCCUCUGGUUCGAUCACAUAGCACCUGAUAUAUUGGCAAAUAAAAAGGUUCUUGUAUCAGCACAUGGAAAUAGCUUGAGAGCGUUAGUCAAACAUUUAGAUAAAUUAACCGAAGCAGAUGUUUUGGAGCUCAACAUUCCAACGGGUGUUCCCCUAGUGUAUGAGUUGGAUGAAAAUCUCAAGCCAAUUAAACACUACUACCUGAUGGACAGUGAGGAACUCAAGAAAAAAAUGGACGAAGUAGCAAAUCAGGGAAAGGCCAAAUGA